UUCUUUUCCACUUUGAACCCCCUCCUCCUCCUCCCGCUGUACAGAAAUAGAAAGGUUUGGCAGUAUUAGCACUCCUAGUAGUGAGCGUGAAGACACAUCAUCAAACUUUAUCUGUCCUUGUCUCAACCAGGCUCCAAAUCCGUCACUAGCCGGAGGAAAUCUUCUGUUUGCAGCAUCAGAAACGUCUGAAACCCAGAAGAGGAUAGUGUUUAGCGCUGAACACCAGACUUCGUAAAUAAUAAAGUUUAGACACUUUUCCGUUUAUAACACAGCACCCACUAAAGGGCUUGUUAAUCAGUUUGUCAGCCACAGAGUUAGCUUAAAACAUUUCAACCGUUAGAUUUGAGAGGGAAUGGCAUUGGACUUCGCUGCAGGCUGCAUAGGAGGUGCUGCUGGUGUUUUGGUUGGACAUCCAUUUGACACUGUGAAGGUGAGGCUUCAAGUUCAAAAUGUGGACAAACCUCUGUACCGUGGGACAUUUCACUGCUUCCAGUCGAUCAUUCGCCAGGAGUCGAUGCUCGGUCUCUACAAAGGCAUCGGCUCUCCAAUGAUGGGCCUAACAUUCAUCAAUGCCAUAGUUUUUGGUGUCCAGGGCAACGCCAUGCGUAAGCUUGGCCGCGACACGCCUCUCAACCAGUUCCUGGCUGGAGCCUCUGCUGGAACCAUCCAGUGCGUCAUUUGCUGCCCAAUGGAGCUGGCGAAGACGCGAAUGCAAUUGCAAGGGACUGGAGAGAAGAAGUCUAAGAGGAAGCUGUAUAAGAACUCUCUGGACUGUCUGGUGAGAAUCUACAACAAGGAGGGAAUCAGAGGUAUCAACCGCGGCAUGGUGACCACCCUGCUGCGUGAGACGCCUGGUUUCGGCGUGUACUUUCUCGCUUAUGACGCAUGGACACGUUACCUGGGCUGUGAGCCAGAGGAUCCUUACAUGAUCCUCAAGCUGUUGUUUGCUGGUGGAAUGUCUGGCAUCGCUUCCUGGCUCUCCACCUAUCCCGUGGAUGUGAUCAAGUCACGCCUUCAGGCGGACGGUGUGGGUGGUGUCAACCAGUACAGUGGCAUUAUGGACUGUGUCAGACAGAGCCUAAAGAAAGAGGGGUGGAGGGUGUUCACACGCGGACUCACGUCCACUUUGCUCCGUGCGUUUCCAGUGAAUGCUACCACAUUUGCCACUGUGACUCUAUUUUUAAUGUACAUGCGUGAGGGACAAGAGUGUAGCAUUCAGGACUCUGAGCAGCAGUCUGUCCAGACGCAGCCACAGACGCAGCCACAGACGCAGCCACAGACGCAGCCACAGACGCAGCCACAGACGCAGCCACAGACGCAGCCACAGACGCAGCCACAGACGCAGCCAACCAGCAUGUGAGCCAAUGUGCAGCAGUGAGCAUUACUAGUCGUCAGCAGAUCUGUAACGUGUAGAUGAAAUAAGAUUUGUAAUGCAGGUCUAUGAUCUUUUAACUAGUGUCCAUAAUAAGGAAGGUGAACUGAUCCUAGGUAAGCCCAUGGAGCUUCCACCAAGUGACCACAUGUAUUAUUUAAAUAAUAUAUUUUAAGAUUAAGGCUGCACUUGUAAAUAUGGUAUGGUUUUUAAAGGUCCUUGAUUUUUUUUGUACACUUUUUUUUUUUUUUUUAAGUAAUUUUUGUUACAAGAGUUAGUUAUGUACAGGGACAGUUAGAUGUUCCUAAAAUUUGUCUUAAAUGCUGUGUUCUAGAGUUGCAGCGACUAAACGAUUCGUCUACUGACAGAAAAUAAACUAUUUUAAUAAUGAAAA